GUCAUCAACUUGUUCCCAGUGCCGUUGGAGCUUGCAUUUGGUAGAAAAAAUGGACGUAUAUGAGACUUAGAGUUCUGAUGCUGUUAUAAAGUAUAUGAUACUCACGUUAGGAAGGGGCGCAUAAAAACAGUCAUUUUAAGGACUAGAAACGUCUCCCGGUAAGAACACUAGCUGUUGGUCGUUGAAUGAAUUUUCAUUAUGCUGUUACCACAGCUGAUAUCCCACAUUGCAAGAACUUCAAGAAUAACAGGUAGCUUGCUUUCACGGUGUGCUUCUGCUGUACGUUGUCGAGCGGUCUCUGCAAAUUAUGCCACAGCUGCAAGUAGCAAGAAUGGGGCUGUGCAUCAGCGCUGGUAUGCACUCGAUCCAGAACUUGAAGAUAUGCUUGUCCCGAGGAAAAUGGCAGUUAGUCCUUUGGAAAGCUGGUUAACACUUAGGUACUCAAUGCCUAGAGUAGAAAUCAUAAAUGUUCAUGACAAGAUAGGUUACAAGCCUGAGACAGCUGGCAAACAUUAUGACUGGCCAAGCACGGAAGAGCUGGCUGAAAUACUUGACAAUGAAACCGAAAGCAACAAUGGUAUCGUUCAGUGUAAGAAUGUAUUACAAAUCCGCAGGCGCAAAAUGAACCGACACAAGUACAAGAAGCUGUUGAAGCGUACUAAAUUUUUGCGGAGGAAGUUGGAUGAUAUUCGCAGGAAAAGGCGACAAAGGAAAUUUGAAAAGGAUCUGAAACGCAUUUGGAAAAGAGCAGGCUUUAGAGAGCCUCCUGAGGGGUGGCAGGCACCUAAAAUUUAUUUGAAACAGCACCGUGGGAAAUCAGAAUGAAUGCACGUGAAGAUGGUGCCAUUUGUUUGUUCACAUGCCAGUAUAAGAAUUUAAAUUGUAAUAAAUAUAGUUUAUUUUAUGUGUGUA